UCCAUCUACGGGAGGGGCGUGGUUUGAGGCUCCGCCCAUCGCGCUCCAGUCAGAGACCAGCACACAGUCAAACCCCGGGAGAACAUACCAGAACCCCCGAUCACACUCACACACACACAGCCGCCAGAGCCAUGCAUCCAGCAACUGCGAAGUGGUACGACAGACGGGACUGUGUCUUCAUUGAGUUCUUGGUGGAGGACAGCAAGGAUGUGAAUGUCAAUUUUGAAAAGUCCAAAUUUGGUUUCAGCUGUCUCAGCGGGACAGAUAACAUGAAGUACUCAAAUGAAAUUGACCUCUUUGAAUCCAUUGAUCAAGAUGGGUCCAAACACAGGCGUACAGACCGGUCGAUCUUGUGCUGUUUACAGAAAGCGGAGUCUGGGAAAUCCUGGCCCAGGUUAACAAAGGACAAAGCAAAGCUCAACUGGCUUAGUGUUGACUUCAACAACUGGAAAGACUGGGAGGAUGAUUCAGAUGAAGAUUUGUCCAACUAUGAUCGCUUUUCAGAGAUGAUGGGCAACAUGGGAGGAGAAGAUGAUUUACCUGACCUCGAUGGAGCAGAUGAUGAAUCAGCUGAUAGUGAUGAUGAAAAAAUGCCAGAUCUUGAAUAAGCGACUGGCACGCUGUGGACAGACAGAGGAGGAGAGGAGAGGGGGAUGACAUAAUAAAAUGAGGAACGCCGUCACCUAAAUAAUACAUGAUCUGAACGAGAGCAAAGCUGAAUUCAAUGAUUGAGUUCAUGAGCAUCACCUCUGUCUCAGUGGCUGCACUCCAGAAGUUCGUCAUAAACCUCUGUUGGGAGAUAAUAUGCAUAUUGUUGUACAGAGCUUCGUUGUCCCUCUCCUUAUGACCAGUCCUGGCUUUUUUUGUUUUGUUUUUUAAAUCAGUACUAAAAACAUGUAUACUUAAACUGUUUGGAAAAACUGCACUGUAUUCGUAUUUUUUUCAACCAAAAAGCAAUAGAUGUGAUGGAAAGUAACUUUUUUUCAUUGUAAGGCAUUGAAAUUAAAGUGAAACUUUGCAGAGGUGGAGAGAGUUUGUGUCUCGCAAAUCUUGUGGUUAAAGCAUAAAAAUGAUUAUGGAUUUUGGAAAUUGUAAGUUCACACUGCCCUAAUAUACAGUAUUUCUUUUCAUAUGUCUCUUGAGGUGGUACCAGAUUUGUUGGAUGUUGAUGUUUUCUGACUCUACAAGUCUAUAUUAGCUCUGUAUUUGGUAUUGGACCAUUAAUGUCUUGCAUAUUGUGACUGCAGUAUGAUAUUUGAUGUCUUCAAAUGUAAAAGAUGGGGAAACCGAAAGGUAUUGUAUGUUUCCAAUCAAAUCUAAAACAAAAAGACCAAAUAAGUUUGCACUAUCAAAAUUAGGUGCUGGACAGGGCUGUUUGUGCAUAUUGCUAGGCUCCUAUCAAUGCUUUCAAAAGAAAGAAAAAAAUGCUUUUGGUUUUGUCUACAUAUUUCUAAUAAACUACUCAAGGCUUA